AUGAGCUUACAAAUUUGCUAUGAAGAUGGAAAAGGCGAUGCUGUCGAUGAGUUUUGUAACAAUGGUAUUCAUAUGGAAGCUGAUGAUGAAGAACAAUUCCCUCUUGACAACUUAACACCAAAUAAAGUCAGAAAGGAGCUAAAUAUGGCUCGUCGUACUGCUUACAACUGGUUCGAAAAAAGACUGGGAUAG